GAUGACAUUAGUCAGCGUAACGAAUGUGAAUUAGGCAGUUUUAUAGUUUUUUCAGGAUUAUUUUUUUGUUGUUUUUUUUCUCAUUAUGUUAGAGGAAGAUGAAACGUAUAGUUGUCCUGAACGUAAGGAACCAAUAUGCCGGAUUAAAACGUGUGAAAAUAAGGAGAUAGAUCCUAGAAGUUAUUGUCACAGUAUUAGCGCAAAACCGAAACAUGUUUGUGGUAAAACCGCUUGCGAAAAAUUUAUGUCUCAGGAUCGGGAUGGAAAGAAAAAACCAGUUUGUAUUCCGAGGAGAAAAUGCAAGAUAGUAAAGCACUUUGGGCCCACAGAUAAAGAAUUGCGCGCGUCGCGUCCUAAAAAAUCCAAGGAAAAGAAAGCUAGAGACCCGCAGGCUCGCCCGCAGGUCGGUAGACAGAAAGCUGUUAGUCGAGGUCCCGGAGCAAUUGACGAUGAAGAGUCGGAUUCUGACAGUGACGACGAAAUCGAUGAAAAAAAACAGGAAGCGAUGGAUUUGAUGAAAAAUUUGUCCGAAACUCUUGACGGUCCUGGAAUGGCCGCAGUAUCUGCUCUUGCUGGCAGCGACAUUUGCCCAUGCUGUAAGUGUAUGAUAUGCGAAUGCAAAUUAAAAAAUAUCGAUGAGAAAACUCUGCUCGAUAUACGUAAACAAGCUUUAAUUAGAAGAGAAUUCACUGAUGAAGAGAGAAAAAGACUGAUAGAAGAAUUAGGAUUAGAGGAAGUAUUGAGAAUGGAAGCAGAGAUGAGGAGAGGAGGAAGAUAUGGAACGGGGGGAGAAGGAAAGACGGAAUUCACUGAAGAAGAGAGAAGAAGACUGAUAGAAGAAUUAGGAUUAGAGGAAGUUCUAAGAAUGGAAGAAGAGAUGAGACGAGGAAAAUACGGAGCAGAAAAACAAUAUAGAAUGGAGGGAGAAUAUGGAAUGGCAGGAAAAUAUGGAAUGGAUAGAAAGCGCAAACCAGGAGAAACGAAAUAUGAUUAUUCAUUUGAUUACUAUCAUCAACCGGAUUUGGAAGCUUACGAAGCUGAGAGAAGAAUCAAGGAGGAAGAAGAAAGGCAGAGGGAAAUUGAAAGGGAGAAGAAAGCGCAAGAAGAAGCAGAAGAAGCGGCAAUGAAAGCUGCCGAAGAAAGAAUGGCAGAAGAAGAGCUAGCAGAACAAUUAGAACUCGAAGCCCAAGAUGAAGGAAUUCAAGCUGAACCUGAAACACAAGAAGAGGCCAGUCAAUUUUUUGGCGCCGAACAAAAAGAAGAUCUUAUUGACGAGUUCUCUGAAACUCCGGUCGUUGGUGACAAAGUGGAAGAAUGGAAUGAAGAAAAGAUUAAAGAGGCCGAGGCUUGGACAGAAUACAAGGCUGCAGAAUGGGCUGGCAUGAGACAUCAGGAUAUGCCGAGUGUUGUCGAAGCUCAAACACAAGAGGCUGUGGAAAAAGUGGCUCUUCAAUAUACAACUGGCAUUCCCGAUAUGGAUAAAAUUGCAUCGCAUAGACCAUCAAUAGCGUCCCGGAAGAGUGUUUUGCCUCAAAUGGAACUUCAGCUUCACGCCUUCGACAAAUCUUGGUUGGAAGAAACAGAAAAACUUUCUCUGGAGCAAACCCCAAAAGUAACCAAACAUGAAGAAGCCGUUCCGCCAGUGGCCCAUGUUAAAAAACCGAAACCCGUUGAAGCUUACUCUACAGGACCGGUCUUGAGACCUCAAAAAACCGAAUUCAAACCUGAACUGCUCCCGCUGAUGAAAAAAAAACCUCCAACUGCAGCUGAAUUGAUUCAAGAAAUGGAAGCUAUGAGUGUAUCUUCGCGGUCAUCCCGUGAUACAACAGCAAGCAAAGAAGAAGAAGAUUAUUUCGUUUCAGAUUUUGUUAGUACAGAUAAGGAUACGAAGGAAACAUUUUUGACCGAUAUUUGCCGUUGCCUACCAGGUUACUGUACUUGUGGAAAACAACAUUACACGUUCAAGAAAGAAGCAGAAACCGAAGAUUUUGGUAUGGGAUUCAGACCACUCCAAGUUGAUAAAAUGAUACCAUCAACGGCAGAGGAACGAGAAAAGGUCAAGGAAGCAAAGGACGAACAAGAAGCCUCCGAAAAAUCUUCAUGUUCUUGCAUUCAUCCUGAAGAAGAUCUAGGUGUAACUCCAGUUGUGAGCAGAAUUGAAAUAGUUGCAGUCCCGCCGACAAGAGUUUCUGAGCCAGAAGUGAAAGAAAAAUUAAGAGGUUUCUUGACUUGCACUGAUGUGAAAUAUCAGAAAACGACAAUAAUCGUGAAGCCAGAAGCGGUGCGAUACAAGGAUGUGAUUUUCAGGGCUAUCAAGAGAGAGGGACUAGACGUUUUAGAUGAGAGACUAAUUCAGUUGACACCGGAACAAGUGGCUGAAAUCUACAACGAAAAUUUCGGAAGUGCAUAUUUCCCAAUGUUCGUACAACAGUUGAGCUCUUCGCCUAUUUUAGUGAUCGCAAUUGCUGGUUCAAAUGCCAUCAAACGUUGGAACGCAGCCGUCGGACCAGAGAAAAAUAUCCCGAUUUCAUGGUUUUAUCCAGCCAGCAUGAGAAGGAGGUUCAGUGUUAACAGCGAUAUACUUGAUGUAAUGAAAUUAUCUGACGAUUUCCAAAAAGCCAAAACUGAAAUAAGAUAUUUCUUUCCUUUACAUAUAAUCGAGCCUAUAAUAAUAAGCUCCACUAUGGUUCAAGAUUAUUGUGACGAGUUCAUACACCCAACUCUUUUGAAGGGACUUUACCAGAUAGUGAAGCAGAGACCAAAUGAUCCUAUAAUCUUUCUCGCUGAAUGGCUGCUGAUCAACAAUCCUUUUCAACCAUUCUAUAAACAAAUACACGUAGCUCUUGCCCGCACAUGAAUGAAAUAAACCUAUAAAAUCGGUUA